ACGAGAUUUUACGAGAUUUACUUUUGACCCUGAAGAAUCUGAGCAAUGCACACUGGGAAAAUAUUGGGCAUGAGAUUCGAACCUUCGGAGUGGUACACCAACGUGUUUCGGUCAAUUUCUCGUCUUUUUCUCGGUGAUACGACCGGCGUUAUCAGAAGAGUAAAUACCAGAAUAUGUCAUUUACGUAGUUGAAUGUUUAACGGGGCGACACAAGGCGAAAUGGCGGGUCCAACCGCCGUGGAGAUGAUACAACACCCCUCCCUGUUUUUGCGAUGGAUGCAAAGUGCAUCGGGGAAGCUGCUUAUCAAGUUUAAAUACACGGCACUUCGAGGUUUCAUCUUAUUCCUGCUCCUGCUGCUAGUCUUCUGGAUCUCCGUCUUCCUGUACGGAAGCUUCUACUAUGCCUACAUGCCAACGGUGUCCCACGUCCGGCCUGUGUACUUACAAUUCAGCACCGACUGUGACAGUGUCAACUCACAGCAGGCUCGACUCUGCUCCUUCCCAUCAGCCAAUGUCUCCUUCACCAGAGACCCAAGGAGAGAUCCUAGAGAGAAGCUGCUUGCCAUGGGCCAGGUGUAUGAGAUCAGUCUGGACCUGGAGAUGCCAGAAUCACCUGUAAAUCAGAACCAAGGCAUGUUCCUGAUUGAGCUUACCUUCUACACUGUGAAAGAAGUUUCAUACAAGACUGCAAGACCAACCAUGUUGCGGUACAAGUCACCCCUGCUGCAGGUACUGCGGACCCUGGUGUACUCCCCCCUGCUGGUGUUUGGUGCAGCUGAGCAGAAACAGGUUCUGAGUGUGGUGCUGGCUGAAGAGUUCCAGGAACCUGCUCACAAGCAGACAGUGGGUGUGGUAGUGGAGAUCCAGACCAGGAACAUAGAGGUGUACUCAGCUGUACUCAGGGUCAACGCUCACUUCAAGGGAAUCAGGUACCUCAUGUUCUACUGGCCGGUGCUGUCUGCCGUUAUCGGAGUUGGUUCAGUCUUCAGUUUCCUCCUGGUCCUGGUGCUCCUGUCCUGGUACCGCUUCUUCUGGGCCCCAGAGGAGGACUUUGUGGUCACCGUCAACAUGGAGCAAACACCAAUCAGCAUGGAGGAGCGCAGGAGGAACGCUCGCAAGGCUUUAAACAGGGAAAGGCUUGCUUUAGGACAUCAUGUGACAGUCCAGGCCAGCAUCCAGGGCAUGUCAACCACCACACAAACUACCCCCACUCUUGCCAGAAUAGAUCCCCUCCCAUUUGAGGAUGAGGAGGAUGCAGAAAUGAAGGACAUCUUAGGGGACGGAGAGGAUGAAGAUGAGGCAGAUGAAAAGGCACUUCAAGUUGAUGACAUUGACCCUGGUGACAGUCAGGACCAAGACAUGGAAGUUCGUCGCAGAGCAGCCUGCAAGGACACAACAUAGGAAGUGACUCCAAUAGCGACAGUGCUUAUGCAAACCAUAGCAAUUGUAUACCUUAUUGGCUGGUAAAACUCAAGUAUUGAAAGUCAAAGAUCAUGUUCUGAAAUUCAACAUUUUUUUGUUUUGAUAUGUAUACUUUGUGCUUAUACUGUUAAUUUAUUGCAUAUGUUAUACUAUUGUGGUAUACAUGUAUUAUAUAAUUUGAAACAAUUUUGAAGUUGAGUUGGCUUGCAUCAUGUAUUUGAGAAUCAUGUACAGGUGUGUGGAUUUCUUUAUGCAAAUUGCAUUGCUGCUACAUGUAUGUUGGCUCUUUGCCAUACCUUAUGCAGUGGAGAGCAAGUAAAACCAAAAACAAGAGUUGCACUUGAAAAAAAUAAUUUAUAUACAAUGUACUGACACAAAAAGUACAAAAAUGUUUGUUUUCUUAAUUUUCAGGAGAAUAUAUCGUUCAAUAGUUACAAGGUGUAUGGUAUUAACUGGGACCAGAUAACAAGCGGUCUAACUUUACUAAAUAAAACAUGGCUUGAAUGACCCAGCAGAUUACUGGUAUACUGUAGGGAGAUGUUGGAUGUGAAAGUGUGCAGUGGACAGGGAUCAAUGUUGCAGUGUCAGCUUGCUACAGUGGUAAUGUACAACUGUGUAACAAACAGCCAUGGGAUGGAAUGUAUAAACUACACAGGAGCGAGAUAGAGACCAGUCAUCUAGCCUAUUGCAACCUAUAUGUACAGUAAUGCCAGAAACAACAACAAAGAGAACAUUAAAGCUUGAAAACAGCUAAAA